GUUAUUUUGUUAUUUGACUGGUUAUAGGCUAAAACCACGAGGCAAUUAUAAAACUACUGCACACUACCCCGCCCCCUAAAACAAAACAAAAAUCAGUUGGAUUGCUGAGUGUAGAAUUCAGGCUUCGAGAUGUCGCACCUUCAAAGUGAUAUUUGUAAUAUCAUGAAAGCAUAGAAUAACAUACCUCUCCACUAAAGGGACCAGGAACACGAUGCGGGUCGAGUUUUUCCUUAGCCAGGGCACAAUAAGCAAAACGUGACCUGAUGACCACCUGUCAACCCAGACUUCAGUAAAACUCCAACAAGAAGGUGAAAUAGACUUCCGGGGGGCAAUAUGAGCCAAGCAAAAAUGGCGCCGCUAUAAAAUACUUGCUCACGCCACUAACGGGGUUAGCCCGACCAUAUAGCAAAGCAGGGACCAUACGCUAUAGCUGCGCGUGGCCUCGUGCUCAUCUCCGUCGCAUUGGCUCUCGAGCCUGUGCUGAGUAAGACCCCAUGACCCCCGGAUGCAAAGCAUAUGUGGCAUCCGGGUUAACUCAGUUUAUCUUUCCCAGGUUUUCCCGGGUAGUAGCUCCCCAGUUAUCCACCAGCCCGAAACGGAGGAUGAACGGCUGAGUGAGCUACACGCUGACUGCCAGGACCGGGAUUCGAACACUCUUUCAUAUAAAUGGAAGAGUGUUAGACGGAACAAAGAAAAAAACAGGAACAAGAACAAGCGCAAAAACAACAAUAACGACAACAACAACAACAACAAAAGCAGCAACAAGACAUAACAAGGAGAACGUCAAUAAGAAAAGCAAAAACAACGCUACCAAUAACAAAUAGAACGCCAAUGCCAACAGGAAAUCAUCAUCAGUAACAACAACAACAACAACAUUAACAACAACAAAAAGAAAAAUAACGCAAAAGAUGAUGACCCGGGCGCUAACUUCCCUGCUAGCGAUGGCGAUGGCGAUGUCAGCUUUCGGGGGCGCGAGGGCGGAGCAGCCGAAGGUGGUGACGCCUUCCGGGGUGUUCCUGGGGGAGGAGCACAUCUCGGCGCGCCAGGGGAGGAAGGUCUUCGCCUUCACCAAGAUCCCCUUCGCUAAACCCCCACUCGGCCCUCUCAGAUUUAUGAGGCCGUUCCCGUAUGGCUCCCACGCCGAGCCCUACAACGCAACGGAGGAAGCGCCGCCCUGCCUGCAGUGGGACACGCUGCGGGGCCGCGGGGCUGUGGGCCAGGAGGAUUGCCUCUACCUUAAUGUUUACACCAAUUUCAUCCCGGAGCCGCCUGACUACCCUAACACGCAGCCAGUGAUCGUCUUCCUACACGCCGGCACCUGGCUGGCGGGCGGAGGUGGGGAAGGCCUCUUCCAACCGGACUACAUGAUCGAGUCAGAUGUGACGGUGGUCACUAUCAACCACCGCCUCGGAGCAUUCGGAUUUUUGUCUACGGAGGACGAUGAGAGCCCGGGCAACUAUGGCCUCCUGGACCAGGUGCGCGCCCUGGAGUGGGUGCGCGACAACGUGCGGUAUUUCGGCGGCAUGAACGACUCCGUCACGGUGAUGGGAUCAGGCGCGGGGGGCAUGAGUGCACACCUGCUGCUGCUGACGCCCCUCACCCGCGGCGUCUCGAUGCACUACGACCACUCAUCGUUGAUCAAGUACGCCAUAUCCCAGAGCGGGACGGCCUACAGCCCCCACGCCAUCGUCAGGAAGCCACUCGCGGUCGCCCUCAAGCUGGGCCUGAACGUGGGUUGUACCACCACCGACUCGAAGGACCUCGUGAGCUGCCUGCGCUCCCUCCCCGCAGAAACCAUCAACAAUCAGAUCCCGUCGCUCUUCCUGUGGGACGAGGAACCCAUGCCCUUUGGCCCUGUGAUAGACGCCUGGCGCGGCAGCAACGCUUUCCUGUCGGACGAGCCACACCACCUCAUCCGUCACGGCCAGUUCCUCCACGUGCCCUGGAUGGUCGGCACAAACAGGCACGACGGCAGCUUCAGGGUGCAGGACAUCCUGAAGGAUCCAAGCCUGACAGCAAACCUGAACAAGCAAUGGGAGAAGUACGGCCCCAUCCUGCUGGAUCUGAAGGACACUUCCUGCAAAGACCCCGUCGACAUAGCCAACAGGAUCCGCGAUUAUUAUCUAGGCAAGAAAAAGUUCGGCGAAGAGUCGUCCACAGAAUUUGUCGAGAUGAUGACGGACCGCUUCUUCCUGUACCCUGCCGACCACGCCGCCAAGGACCACUGUUACUACCUGAAGAGGCACUACUGCUACCGCUACGAGAUGGCUUACAGCGGCAGAAAGUCAUUCCUUGACAUCCUGCACAAAGAAUCUCCCGACGAGGCUGCCUCCUCCCUCUUCGGAGCAGCUCCGUCCAACCCAAGAUUCCAGAACACACGGGACGCACACGGAUGGGGAGUCAGCUUCCUGGACGAGCUCCUCUUCCUCUUCCCCUCCAAGAAACUCGGAUUCGUCUACAAGCAAGACUUCAAAUCGGACUCCGCGUCGCGGGUGUCCACACACAUGAUAAUGCUGUGGACAAACUUCAUGAAGGGCGGUGACCCGACGCCACAGAUGAAAGGCUGGCCGGACGACAUCUCUCCGUGGGGAACGUGGUGGGAACCCUUCGUGCAUGGCACCCAUAUUUACAUGCAGAUCGACCCAGAGAUGUUUUCACAGGGGGAGCCUCUCAGGGAAAAGCAGAUGACUUUUUGGAACGACCUGCCGCUCUUUGAAAACCGUGACCACAAUGUUAUCCGCGACGAGCUGUGAUGCUCCACCGCCACGGCUCGCGUCCCUACCUCAAAGCCGACCCUUGCUUUGUCGUUAAGUUUAGAAACACACACACACACACACACACACACACCAGUGAUGAAGUAUUCGUAUUCGGUAUUCGUAUUCCAAAACAUUCGAAUACAGUAUCUGGAUGCAUUCGUAUUCGAAUCAUUUUUACUAUACUAUAGAUAAAUGAACUCUCAUUCGUAUUCGAAUACUUUCGCAAAGUAUUUGUAUUCUUCGAAUAAUGUGACGAAUAAUUAUAAAGUUAUUGCUAGGAUUAACCCUCCAUUUGAUUUCUUACCUUGAGCUAGGACACAGAAAGCAUAACAUUAUGACUGGGGCCCAAAUCCAAGAAGCGUUAGCAACGUUGAUUACGGAGUUAGCAACCUAUUUCGUCAAAGCGGAAUGCAAGAAACAAAAUCAUGUGUGUGUGUGUGUGUGUGUGUGUGUAUGUGUGUGUGUGUGUGUGUGUGUGCGCGCGCGCGUAAGCGAUACUGCGAUAAUAAAGCAGCAGGAAAAAUAAUUACCUUUUCCACCACAAUGUAAGUUGCGUGUUUCCUCUACACCGCCAAACUCAUUCUAUGUGUACUGCAGGCAAUCAAAACGGUGCGAGGCAAGGGUUAUGCCCAAACUUCUUGAACAACAAUUUUGAAGUUUGACAACAGAAAGAUGAUUCUGGUAUGUGGCACGAGUACAACAGAAUGAAAUGAAAAAGAUAAGUAGUAUAGUGGCAAAGUUAGGGACACUUAUCACUGUUGUUAUUACCACCGUUAAGUUCUAUUACUAAUUUUUUUUAAAAAUUCACAAACAUUCACUAUAGACAAAAAAAUGUCUAGCACAAACCCGCAGCGUCUCCCUCUCUAGCGAGUAAGUUUACCCGCAGUAUUAUGUAGCUGGAAUUUUGUUUCUGAAAUUAGUUCUUGUCAUUUUUACUUUAGUGUCAACAUUCUUUCUCUUAUGGAUUCUCUGUUGAAUCUGAAAAAUUUCGUCGAACGUGUCCCCGCUUCCCGUUGUGUGAUAUUUCCUCUAUGCAGCAAAACCAAAGUCAGUUAAAAAAAAUGUACGUCUGUAGUUCUGUUACAUCCUUCCUUACCUUAAAAAUGUAACUCAGUUGCGGCAUUAUUACGUCAUUGGACUAAUCGCCCAUCCUCAGACGGAUGUACAUUUGGCAAUUAAAUACUUUUUACUGAAGCAAGUGAGUUUUCAAGGUUGACUCUUCUAAAAUUCAGUUCCAGUUUAUUUUAUGUUUUGUUACACUGAUCACGGCAUUGCCUUCCAAGAGGGUGACGUAUACAAGAGACGCAGUAUUCAAGAAACUUAUCAACCGACCCGUCCUCCAGUGGUGUUCCUGACUAACACUGAGGCCCCCAAAUCAUUACUUUUUCUAUCCUAUAGGAGACGCAGUAUUCAAGAAGCUUACCUACCGUUCCGUCCCU